GUUAAACACUUAACUAUUGAAUCUCUUAAUUUAUCAAAUUUAAUGAAGAACAAAAACGAAACAGAGAAUGCUCCAAAUCGAGAACCCAUAUGAAUGAACAUGACUGAAAAUGCUUCCCCAGAAUAACCGUUACACUGUUCCGACGCUAUUCUUCCUCGCAUUGUUCCUUCUCUCUAUCUUCUUCUACUCCUUCUUCAUCUUCAAUAGAACCACUCUUCAAACACCUCUCUCGUAUCGUUCAGAUCUCUAUCUCCAAGUCAAACCUUCUCCGCUUCUCUCUCCUCCCCCGCCACCGCCACCGCAACAACCACCACCACCGCCACCACAACAAUCCUCCUCCACUGGUGUCGGUGUCAGUGUGGCUGAUCAGGAAUCUGUUGAUGUUACUGAUUCUGAGAAUGUUGACGAUGCAGCUUUAGGUUUGAAGGGAUGUGAUUUGUACACGGGGACAUGGGUGGAGGAUGAGAAUUAUCCGAUAUAUGAACCGGGUUCUUGUCCUUAUGUUGACGAGGCUUAUGAUUGCAAAAACAAUGGAAGGAAUGAUACUCGUUAUACGCAAUGGCGGUGGAAACCUUACGGUUGUGAUCUUCCCAGGUUUAGUGCCAAGGACUUUUUGGCAAGACUGAGAGGUAAAAACCUAAUGCUGGUAGGAGAUUCUAUGAACCGAAACCAAUUUGAGUCCAUUCUGUGUAUACUUCGUGAAGGCCUGCAAAAUAAGAGCAAAAUGUACGAGAUACAUGGUCAUAAAAUAACAAAAGGAAGAGGCUACUUUAUUUUCAAAUUUGAGGACUAUAAUUGUACAGUAUCAUUUGUGAGAUCUCAUUUCCUUGUGAGGGAGGGAGUUCGCAUGAAUGCACAAGGGAGUUCAAAUCCUACAUUAUCAAUAGAUCGAAUUGACAAGACAUCUAACCGUUGGAAGAGGGCUGACAUUCUCGUCUUCAACACCGGGCACUGGUGGGCUCAUGGAAAAACUGCUCGAGGAAUAAAUUAUUACAAAGAAGGCGAUUAUCUAUAUCCUAAAUUUGAUCAAGUUGAGGCGUACAGAAAGGCUAUAGCGACGUGGGGAAAAUGGAUCGACAAUAAUAUCAAUCCAAAAAGGCAGACUGUUUACUAUCGCGGAUAUUCUUCUGCUCAUUUCAGGGGUGGAGACUGGGACUCAGGUGGAUCAUGCAACGGUGAAACCGAACCGGUUUUAAAUGGCUCCAUCUUGAAUAACUAUCCAUUGAAAAUGAAGAUAGUGGAAGAAGUGAUUCAGAGAAUGAAGAUUCCAGUAAAGCUAUUAAAUGUCACAAGGCUGACUAAUUUCCGCAAGGAUGGCCACCCAUCUGUCUAUGGCAAGACCUUGGCGGCUGGAAAGAAAGUCUCCACGAGGCGGCAAGACUGCAGUCAUUGGUGUCUUCCCGGAGUCCCUGAUGCGUGGAAUGAACUAAUUUAUGCGACUCUGGUUUUACAGCAAACAAACUCAAGGAAUUGACUCACAGAGUUCUCUCUUUGAAGGAGUUUAUUUUUUGUGCGGGAAAAAAAGUAGAAAUGAGUAAAAGUGUAAUGAGGACAGUGAAAAGUGUACCCUUAGUUCUAUACCAUGACAAUGACAACGGUUCAAACAUGAAAGAAUCAACAGAAUACUGGAAGAGGAUUUUCCAUUGAUGGUUGAAUUCACACCCCCAUGAAGUCAGCAGAAUCAGAUUUCAUUUCAUCCAUUGGAUAAGCAAAGCAUAUUCAUCAAAUCUCUCUUACAUGUUAGAAGAUUAGAUAAAUCAACUAGGCUUUGGGGUGUAGGGUUGAACCUUAACUGAUUUUGAUGUAUAAGGUUCUGUGAAUUUUUUAUAUUGUAUGUAACAUUAACUUCACUCCAUUGGUGUCAUUCUCACACUUAGAGGUCAGGUAUGUUUCUCUCUACAUCUCUAUUUUAUUGUUCUUGCUUGUUAUCCUCUCCUUGCUAUAUUGUGUGUUAUGAUUAAAUGCUUUUUUUCCCUCCUCAAUAUGAAAAUGCAAUGCCAUUGGUGAAAAUUAUCACAAA